UUGAAAGAUCGCAAUCUCAAACUGUCCUUGAUGCUUCCAGUUGCAUGUCAGACAGGUUUCUAGCUGGUACACUCUCUACUCUACUCACUAGCUCAGAGUCUUCUCAGCUGAUUUCCUACAUUUUCACUCUGGAUAAAUCGAUAGAGCUGCAAAGAACAAAACGUUUGGAGACAGAAAAUGGCUUCAACAUUAACGUUUCGCCCAAAUCCCAACCCCUGCACCAACGGCGUCGUCUCAUCUCCAAGGAGACAGCUUGGUAGCUUCGCCUUCGAGUCAACCACAAGCUUGUUUCGUUCCAAAUUACUCGCCGGGAAAUCCUUUUCGCUUUCGACCGGAAUAAACCGACCCGAAGCCGUGAUAUCCGCGUCUUCUCGUGCUUUUGAUGUGGUGAUCGUAGGAGCUGGAAUCAUCGGGUUGACUAUCGCCCGGCAGUUCCUGAUCGGGUCGGACUUGUCUGUCGCCGUUGUCGACAAGGCCGUCCCUUGUUCCGGUGCCACUGGUGCAGGGCAGGGCUAUAUAUGGAAGGUACACAAAACACCUGGAAGUGAUAAAUGGGAGCUAGCAAUGAGAAGUCAUGAAUUGUGGAAGAUGUUGGCAGACAGCAUACAUGAUCAAGGGUUGAAUCCUCUAGAAGUGUUGGGUUGGAAGAAGACAGGAAGCCUAUUAAUUGGUAGAACUCCUGGAGAUUCGGAUUUAUUAAAAAGGAGGGUGCAGCAGUUAUCUGAAGCUGGAUUGCAAGCAGAGUACCUGUCUGGCCAUGAUUUACUUCAAGAGGAACCUGCCCUUAUGGUUGGAGAAGAUAGUAGUGCUGCCUUUCUUCCUGAUGACUGCCAAUUGGAUGCUCAACGUACUGUUGCAUUUAUUGAAAAGGCCAACAGACAUUUUGCAUCAAAAGGCAGAUAUGCGGAGUUCUAUCAUGACCCAGUGACAUGUUUAUUAAGUUCUGGUAGCCAUGAGGAGGUCAACGCUGUUCUUACUUCCAAAACUACCGUGUACAGUAAGAAGGCUGUUAUAGUUGCAGCUGGUUGUUGGAGUGGGUCUUUAAUGCAUGAAUUGCUUAGAGAAUCAGAGAUUUUGUUGGAUGUCCCUGUAAAGCCACGAAAGGGUCACCUCCUUGUGCUUGAAAAUUUCAAUGCCCUUCAACUGAAUCAUGGUCUAAUGGAGGCGGGCUAUGUCAAUCAUCAAACCAUUUCAGCUUCUGGACCACUUGAUCAUGGGCAAGCCUUGUCUGUUUCAAUGACAGCCACAAUGGAUGCUAUGGGGAACCUUGUUCUUGGGAGCAGCCGCCAGUUUUCAGGGUUCAACUCCGAAGUGGAUGAGCCCAUCAUCACUCAUAUAUGGAAGCGGGCUGGGGAAUUCUUUCCCACAUUAAAAGAAUUGCCCCUUUCUGAUUUUAUUAAGAGCAGAAAAGUGAGAGUAGGAUUACGCCCUUAUAUGCCUGAUGGGAGGCCAGUGAUUGGGCCUGUGCCUGGCUUGUCAAAUGUAUUCCUUGCAACUGGGCAUGAAGGAGAAGGACUUUCUUUGGCUUUGGGAACUGCUGAGAUGGUUGCUGAUAUGGUGCUGGGCAAUCCUGGGAAAGUUGAUAAUGCACCUUUUGCCGUCCCAGGCCGAUGUUGAUUGGAUGAGUGCUAGGGCAACUAUUAUAACCAGGUACAAUGAGGGAUCAAAGAUCUACCAACUAUUUGGCUGCCCAAUAGCACAGCACACCAUUUAGAUAGAUAAGUGUAAAUGUAGAAACUGUUAAAUGGUUUGUAUUGUUAAAAUAAUAAUUAAAUGAUUAAAUCUACUCUUUCUUGUAAUCUUAAGUUUUUGAAAAGAGCAAUGAUUUUGUGUUAGGUCUCACUUGUUGAUGGAGAGUUUGAAUCUAAACAUGUAGAGAAGUGUAACAAGGUUAAUUAAGUUUAUAAAUAAGUGGUGAUUUAACAUGCAUGUCUUACAAUUUUGUACCAUUAAAUUGAAAUAUGUAACACUAAUAUA